CUCAUCAAAUUGUCUCCCACCCUCGCUCAUUUCUUCUCAUGCCAUAUGGGUCGCGGCGAUAAGAAGGGUUCAAACCAUUCUUCUUCUAUUUCUAUCCAGGAUCUUGCAUACCCUUCUCCUUCUACCACCACUACUACUACCACCCCCACCACAAAUUCCCCAACCAGUCCUGUUAACCUGGGUAAUCUGGGAUAUAAAUUACCUUCAUCAUCAUCAUCAUCAUCUUCAUCUUCUUCUUCCUCCCAAUCCACAUCCACCGCUGAUCUCUCCUAUUCCAGAAGAGCACCACAGCACCCAUGACUUGUUCUCUUCCCAUGCCAUAUCCCUCCCUUGCGCCACACAACCUGCACUCUCCAUUAACUUUCUCACCCUCUUUCCUUCCACUUACUAUCUCGCUCCUCAUCAAACCCAUGAGAAGCUCCACCGUGGUUGCUGUGGCUGAAGAUCCCUUCUUUGAAGCAGAUACGGUGGCUUUAACGACCAUCCCCCUGCUACAUGGUAGUCGUUUUUGCACCCAAGCCUUCUCUUUUGGCCCGGAGAGGAACCACCUGUGCCUUUUAGUCAUCCCCUCGCUUGAGGUUCUAACUUCUAACAAAGCUAAGCUGGUUGAAUACAUGUAUAAGUGGCCUCAAGUUUUACACUCUUACUAGCUCAUCAUAACAAUGCUGGAGAGGAGAUCUCAUCGCCUGCUGAAUAAUUUUUAUUGGGAUUGAAGUAUUGAAAUUGAACUAUGACCUUGCUACGUGUGUUGUUUCGGCUUUGUUUUUCACUUUUUCCUUUUCUUCGAGUAGUUGGUACAUAUGUG